GGUCUUCUAGUCCAACCCCUGCUCAAGAAGGGGGGAGGGGGUGUCUUUCUGCAGGCUCCGAAGCUAAGCAGGGCCCAGCCUUGUUUGCCCUCGGGAGAGCGUGCCGGCUGCCUGGGCAUGCCCCAUGCCACAUUCCCGCCCGGAAUUCCAACCGUUCAGGAAGCUACUGACUGACUCCAGGAGGAGGAUUGGCCUCCAGGCUGGGCCACCAAGAUGUCCUCCACCUCCCAGCGCAGCCCGGCCCUCCUUCCCCACGUGCUGGUGGCCCUCUUUGGGAUGGGCUCCUGGGUUUCCGUGAACUCCCUCUGGGUGGAGCUGCCGGUGGUGGUGAAGAGGCUGCCGGAAGGCUGGAACCUGCCCGCCUACCUCUCCGUCCUCAUCGCCCUGGGGAACCUCGGCCCAGUGAGCGUGGCCCUGAUCCACCACUUCGCCCCCAAGAGGCUGAAGGAGCGGUGGCUGAUCCACGCCAUCCAGGCCUUGGCCACGGCCACAGCGCUCCUCCUGGCCCUCCUGUGGGACCACACGGCCGUGGUGGCCGGGCAGCCCCGCAGCGUGGCCUUCCUGGUGCUGGCCUUCCUGCUGGCGCUGGCCUGCUGCACCUCCAACGUCUCCUUCCUGCCCUACAUGUACCAGUUCCCCCCGCUCUUCGUCCGCACCUUCUUCAUCGGGCAGGGACUGAGCGCCCUCCUGCCCUGCGUGCUGGCCCUGGGGCAGGGCGUGGGGCAGCUGGAGUGCCCCAACGGCACCUGGGGGAACGCUUCUCAGCCGCGCUACCUGCAGGAGAACUUCUCCGCCGGCACCUACUUUGGGCUGCUGGUGGCCCUGCUGGUGGGCUCUGCGCUGGCUUUCCUGGCCCUGGUCCUCUGGCACGGCCGCCGGGAGGGCCCGAAAGAGAGGGUCCCUCCGGAGGGGAGGACAGGCCCGGAGGAGGUCUACCCGUUGCGUGAUGACAGUGACCCGGCCUUGCAUGACGGUACCAACGAGGGGCCCCCCGGCAGGGACUCUACCCCUCUGCUGAUCUUCUGGACCGGGAGGAACAUCUACCUGCUGGGGCUCCUGGGGGUCUCCAAUGCCCUGACCAAUGGGGUGCUGCCCUCCGUGCAGAGCUACUCCUGCCUGCCCUACGGCAACACCGCCUUCCAUCUCUCGGUGGUCUUUGGCAACAUCGCCAACCCCGUGGCCUGCUUCGUCGCCAUGUUCCUCCUGAGUCGGUCCUUGCUGGCCCUGAGCAUCAUCUCGGCUGCCGGAUGCGUCUUUGGGGCCUACCUGAUGGGGCUGGCGGUCCUCAGCCCCUGCCCCCCACUGCAGGGCAGCCACCUGGGGGUCGCUCUGGUGGUGCUGGCCUGGACCUGCUUCUCCGGCCUCUUCGCCUACCUGAAGGUGGCCAUCAGCAGCCUGCUGCACGAGGCCGGCCACGCGGCCCUGCUCUGGUGUGGGGCCGUCAUCCAGGCGGGGUCCCUGCUGGGGGCCCUGGUCAUGUUCCCCCCCACCAGCGUCUACCACCUCUUCCAGAGAGGACAGGACUGCGUGGACAACUGCAGGGCGUGACUGCGGCCGGACGGAGACCCCGAGGAGGGAGGGGGAGAGGAAGUGGACCCUCUGCCCUCCGUGCAGCUGGAGGGAAGGGAAGGGCGCCUCCAUUGUGGAGGGGGCACCGCAGGGGGGUGUGAUCCAGAGCUGCUCCAGGAUUUCCGUUUUAUGACCCUUCUUGCUGCUGCUGUUAAGCGAAUCACUGCCAUUGUUAAGUUAGCCACACAGUGGUCGAGCGAACUUGGAUUCCCUGUCGACUUGGUUGUCGGAAGGCCGCAAAAGGGGAUCACGUGACCCCAGGGAUGCUGUGGCCGUGGUAAUUGGGAGUUGCUAAGCGCCUGGAUUUGGAUCAUGUGACCAUGCCCACUUUUCCCAUCGCCCUUGUAACUUCAGGUGGUCCCUAAGCGAAUGUUCGCAAGGGGGGGACCCCCUCCUGGCCAGGCCCCCAAGCUGCGCUCCCUGACCACCAGCAUCCUCCCCAUCGGAGUUCUGGAUCUGGGUUACAACAGCGCCCCUGCAAGUAGCUUUGUCGGACCUUCGCUUAGUGACGGUUCCUAAGUUGAGGGCUGUGUAGUGCCUGGAAAGAAGUUCUGGGGGGGGGCUGGCUCCCCCACAGAGGCCGACACAGCCCUCCCCUUCG